CGCUAUGCAGACGGAUGGUGGCUAUGGUAAGGCAGCUACGAUCUAUGUCUCAUGUGAUGGUUCAGAGCCUUUGCUGCUGCUUUGUUCAGCUCCAGUUUUGAAAGAGCUGCAAGCGCAAGUGGCGGUUGCAUUUCAGGAUCGCAGCAAUUUGUCAAGUGCACUCAGCAUCAGACUGGUAUGGCGCCACAAGACUGGGGAGACUCAUAUCUCUGACGAUGCUGCAUUUGCGAAGGCCUGGCAAACUUCUGGAUGUGACCGAGGAAGUUCUUUGAGCCUACAUGUGUGCAGAAAUCAAGAUCAGCUUUCCCAGGCCCCUCUGGAAAAUCGCACAUGUGCGCAGUGUGGCCAAGAGUUCUCCUCCAGAAAUCAGCUGAUGCGCCACGUGCAAAGCUUGGCCCAUUAUGGAAACGAGGAAAAAUCCGAAGGUGUGCGCAGUGUGCGGCAAGGAAUGGCAGAACUUCAGGACAGAUGCGACGUGAAGGAGCUGGAGCCAUUGGGGAAAGGGCAAGGUAGAUGCAAAGCUUGGGAGUUGUACUACCAAGACCUUGAUGACUUUCAACAAAUCAGUUCAUUGAUGCAAACAGCUGUGCCCUACUGCUUCCGCACUGUGCCUACUUCUCCACUUUGGGAACUGGCAAUGAAGAACUUGAAUGCAGAAGCCACCCUAAGAAGACCUCAAGGGCUUGCCUUUGAUGGAGCAGCGUGCAACUGCUGGGCACUAACGUCAGACGAGAGCUGGAAUCUCCUGCAGGCCGCCCAGGAUUGUGGUGCAAUCCAGCGACAAGAAGCAGCCAGUAUGGUACCAGUGAUGCUCCUGCAGGUUGAGCCCCACCACUUUGUCGCAGACCUUUGUGCGGCACCAGCCUCAAAAACCUUGCAGUUGCUGGACUUGAUGGCGGGAUCUCCAGGUGAUGUCUCCCCCGGUCUGUUGGUGGUGAAUGAUGACAGUUGGAGUCGAUGCGCGACCGCCUUGCGCCGCACCCACCAACAUGCAAACCCCUCUCCGCUGAUGUGGUUGUGUGGAGACGCACGGGAAUUCCCCACGCUACAUGAUCAUUCUGACGGCCGAGUGCGGGGAGCUCGAAAGAUACGCUUUGACCGUGUUCUUUGUGAUGUUCCUUGCUCAGGCGAUGGACGUUUGCGGCGCAGCCCGAGUGGAUGGGCAUCGUGGCAUCCACGCUACAUGCUGCAAAUGCACUAUGUGCAAAGUGCCAUAUUGAAGCGUGGCCUCACAAUCUUGAAACCUUCGGGGCUCUUGUUGUACUCCACUUGCAGCAUGUCGCCAAUCGAGAACGAAGCCGUGGUGGCAGCAGCAAUGGAGAAGUUUGGGCCAGAUCAGGUUCGUUUGGUACCAGUGGAAGAGUGGAGUCACGCCAAGGGGCUUUCCACAUGGCGAGUCCCAGUGCCUGACUUUGCCUCAGAGCCUCAUCUGAGCUUUGGGACGCGGGAAGAGGUGUCAGAGCACUCAGAGAGCCUUUGGUGUCGCAAUGGUGGUCCUUUGGCACCCACCAUGUUUCCCCCUUGCAAUCCGGAGGCACGGGCGGCAUUGAGCCAUUGCAUCCGCAUCAGUCCCACUCACGGUGACUUCGGUGGCUUUUUCUGCGCACUUUUCGAGAAGGUGGCCCCAGGACCUGCAACCUUACCGCCUAGGUUACUGGACAGCACAGAAGGUAGCAAAGCAACCGGGAUGAAGAGAGUCAAAGAGGUCAAAGAUGGGAAAGGAACGAAAGGCACAAAUCCCAUUCCAUCCUUAUUGGCUGCACCUAACGGUGCUCAGCUCCAGUGGUUGGUGGAAUGGUUUGGCCUACUUUCAGAUGAGGAAGAGGCUUCCAAACUUGGUGUUCAGCGUUUCCCACUGGAACUGGUUCGCAAUGAUCCAAAUCUGAAAGACGGGCUCAUCAUUUCAAGCCAAAGCCUAUGCCGCCUCGUGCUGAAACAUGCCCGUCCCCGGGUGCUGGCUGCCGGCAUGCCUCUUCUUGCAGAUGCGGCUGAAAUCUCUAAAGAUCCGCGUGAUCGCUUUGACAUUGCCAGCGGUGCAGCAGCAGUACUUGCUAGGUGUGCCACCAAACGACUUCUGAAGGUUUGCUGGACCACCUUCUUGGCGCUACUCCAGGGUGAAUCUGUUGAUCAAGCCGCAGAAACUGGUCCAUUGGUUGUAGUCCUCGAUUUAGACUCUACGCCAGCAGAGAGCCAUUUGAAGAUUCCAUUGUGCCAGUACGCUUAGCAUUCAGAUACUUGUACCUUCAGACUUUUUGACAUGCACUGCGCGUUCAUUUGUCGCCUUUUGUAGGCAGCAUGUUGAGUGAAUUGUUGGGUGAGGCCUCUCUGCCCGGUUGACUGCAAGAGGUGCAGUUGUCGCAGUAGACGGGAGUGCUCAGCGGCACAGCCUCCUCAAGGUUCUGUCAAGAGUGCGCCAAGUCAAGUGAGACAGUGACGCUCAUCGCUUGGCGUCAUCGAGGAGAUGGACCAUGGACCUGGAUUCGGUGCAAGAUGCCAAAAAGCUCGCGGGGCACGGAAGACGACGACAGCCCGGCGGCUGAAACCAUGAAGGGGGGCAGCUCUGAGGACGAGCCCGCAAGAAUGGCGUAGUUGAUUGAGCUGGCAGCUAGAUGCAGCUAGCACAUUUGAGUGCACCUGGCAGAUGUGGACUGCCUGAUGGUUUAGAUCGAUUCACACAGUUCAAUGUUGAUAUUUUUUGCAGAGUUGCAACUGCCAGAGAAAAA